AUGUUGCAAUUUAUAUGGCUUAAAAGAAGGCGACUAGCUAAGUUAAUUAUCAUCAUCGUUGUCGUUUUGAUGACAUUGAUGCUACACUCAUCAUUGUUCCUGCGAGAUCUAACAAGCGCAUUAAAAGGAUUAAAACCAAUACUAAAUAACUCGCAUGACAUCGAUUCAAAACUUAAAGUGGCAGACAGAGCCAGAAAUGUUAGCAACAUCACCACCAGUACAAAUGUUACAAAACCCGAACGUACCUGCAGUUUUGAUAGAAAAGAGGCGUUCCCUUACCUUAGAGGUAUAUAUACGACACCACCUCUGAACAUUAACUUCCAUAAGAAAACGUUUGAAUAUGAUAUAGAGGUUGAUUAUGAUGUAUUAGUGAUUUCUAUCACGUCAGAAACUGAGUACUGCGAGGCGGAGGGUUUGAUUCUUCUCCGUCAAAAAGAUAAUUCCAGUAUUCAAGAUGUUGAAAAGGGAAAAACAAGGCGAAGUUUUUCCAUAGGACUGUCUCUGCCACUCGAGGUUCAAAUAAACGUUGUAGACUUGAGCUCGUCAUCCAUAAACUACUCCCAACUGCAUCGAUACGUACUGACAUUCCGUCGUCGACCAAGGGGCCUUCGUGGGUCGUUUCAUACGGACAGUAAACACAAAGUGUGUCUAAUGAAACAGGAAUGCGAUAGACGGAUCUUCUCAGAAGAGCCCUGUGGCUUGCAAACGACAAAGUAUGACUCUUGGAGUAUGAUGAAUAAACGGAAUGCCAGAUUGCCAGAGUGUCUGUCUGGCAAUGAACCUGGAAAUUGGUUGGUACCAUGUAAAAACUGUUCAGAUGCUGACAGUUGCUACUGGCAACAGGCAAAAUGGCAGCCUGACAACUGUAUCCACCAAACGCCUUCCAAUGAACAAAUACAGCGUGUAUUUGACGGAAAACAACUUCUUUUCCUUGGUGAUUCUACUCUUCGCGGCAUCAUGUACUUCCUGAUCGAAUCGGUCAAUGGCAGCCUUUCUGGAACAUCAAAAUCACAUGACGCACUUGCAUACAAUGAUAUUAACAGAGGACGGACGAGGAUGAGCUUCAUAUAUUAUCCACAGUUGGAAGAUGAUCCACCUCCUAUUAGUAUCGCUCUCCGUUCACUUGUGAAAAACUCCUGUCCAGUCAAAAAUGAUAGCAGUACUGUGUUGUUGGUGGGACGUUUUAAAAGCAUACCAAAUAGUGAUUUCCCUCAACUGAUGUCCACGUUGAAGCAAUUGAAACUGACUGGCAUAAAAUUAAUCAUGAAGACAAUGGGAAGUAAUAGAUGCACGGGUGAUGUAAUGCUUAAUGUUGUUGCUAAUGAUGAACUAACUGCAAAUGCUCAGCGUUAUGGAUUUGAAAUCCUACAAACAUUCCCCAUCAUUAUGGCCAGGUACAAAGAUGCAACUUAUGGAAGCUGUGCCUUACAUUACCAUCAUAUCACAAAGGUUGAUCCAUUUGAAAACGUAACAACAGAAGAUGAUGGAAAAGUAUCACAUCAAGACAUGUUUAUAUCACUGCAAGCCACUGUAGUAGAAACUAGGAUGAAGAAAAGAGACCACUAUACGAAAACCGUGAAUGUCUGUGAAUUAGCCCCAAACUUUAUUGGUGCUGUCAUCUAUGAUCGAACAUGGCAGAUAUACAAGCCUAAGGUCGUUGAAAAGGUAAAGUCUGUAUCAGAAGCCAGCUCUACGGUUGAAAAUGGCACAAACAUACAAAAAGAUAGUGGAGAUGUGAAAAAAACAGCAGUAAUCACCACAACAACUGUAGAAACUCCCAAAUCCAAAAUUGACACAUCUAAAACAGUUCAACCAAGGGAACAGAUAAUAACCAAACCUCCUGUGAUUACACCUGAAGCAAGUCCAGUCCCUGUCCGCAGACCUAUUGGGUCAAACAGAAUGAGGCUGGACUCAGAUUCAGAAGAUAUCAUCACUGUCAGUCAGUCAUCUUCAGCAACUUCAUCACCAUGGUUAUCUAAACAGAAGGGAAAAUUAACCAAUGGAAAUGGAAGCCCAGCCAGUAAAUUCAACAUCCAAUCUGAAGAAAGAACAUUCCAAGAAAAAUAUCGUCAUCUUCGUGAUUUAUUCCCAGCAUACACUGAGACACAGAUCAAAGAUGCUAUCAUGGAAACAGUGGAUCUGGACAGUGCUAUUGAUGUCUUAGGCUUCGGGUCUACCAAUGAGCGAAAGCGUAUUCGUACAAUAUCUUCACCAGAUGUCCAGCCAAAGAAGAAACGAGCCAAACCACUUGACUUUGAAGAAGAUGACUCUAUAGAUCUUACCCAAGAUGACGAUGACAUCAAGAUUGUUCUCACUGAUGAACAGGAGGUCUUCCUACAGUUUCUGGUAGAGGCCUUCCCUGAUUUACCCAAACAGAAGUUACAAGACAUGCUUGAGUCCAAUCAGUGGGAUACGGAGGCUGCCAUGAAUGCAGUCAACCUUUACCUGGAGAGAGGUGGCACUGGCAUCAAGGAGAUGAUGGCACAAAAUAAAAUCCGUACUCAAGUUAUUCGAUCUAAAAAUAGCACAUAUGAUAGUUCUGAUGACGAGGUCAGUGUUGUGGAUGAAAAAAAAGACAAAAAGAAGAAGAAGGAGAGAAGGAAGAGUGGUUCAGAUGUAGAGUUUGACGAGGAGGACUAUGACAGUGAUGAUAGCUCCCAGGGUGACCCAGUGAUUAAACAGACCCAGAAAGAGAUGGUGCUAUCUUUCUUCAAUGAUGCUCAACUUGAAGAGUUGAUGAUUGUCCCUGGCUGUUCUCGGAAAAAAGCUGAUGUUCUCGUAUCUUUGAGACCAUUUGAAGACUUUGAUGAUCUCACUACAAAGGUUGAAGAAAACAAGACUAUAACUGACAACAUUUUGGCUGGAUGUAAGGACUUUAUAAAGAUACGCAACCAAGUAAAAUCUCUCAUGCAGAAAUGUGAGUCAAUAUCGACAAGUCUCGAAGAUGUGGUGAAUAGCAUUAUGGGUAAAAUGGAGAUGGACAAUCCCCUGACGUACCAGAUCUCAAAACAACCAGCACUUCUGAAUAAACGGUUACAACUCAAAGACUACCAAUUGAUAGGUCUCAACUGGCUGCUUCUGAUGCACAAACAACACCUGAAUGGCAUCUUAGCUGAUGAAAUGGGCCUUGGAAAAACGAUUCAAGCAAUAGCCUUCCUGUGCCAUCUAUUGGAAACUGGAGAUGAAGGGCCACAUCUUGUCAUAGCUCCAUCAUCUACAUUAGAUAACUGGCUCCGUGAGUUCAACCGUUGGUGUCCGGCAAUGAAGAUUCUCAUGUACUAUGGCAGCCAGGAUGAACGUAGGUCUAUACGCGCACAAAUAUAUGCACAACAGGUUGACUUCAAUGUCGUCAUAACAACUUAUACAACAGCAACCAGUAGUGUUGAAGACAGACUGCUAUUCAAGUCACUGAAAUGCCACUAUGGAGUCCUAGAUGAGGGACACAUGCUGAAAAACAUGACAAGUCUACGCUACCAAAAUCUCAUGAAAAUCAGGGUUAAGAGAAGAUUACUACUGACUGGGACACCCAUGCAGAACAAUCUUGUAGAACUCAUGUCUUUGCUGGCUUUUGUCAUGCCAGACCUCUUCUAUGGAAAGACUGAUCAACUUAAAAGAAUAUUUGCAAUGAUCCAGGGCAAAGGUGAUGGUCCACAGUCCAAGUUUGAGAGAGAUAGAAUAGAGCAUGCUAAACGCAUAAUGAAACCAUUUGUACUUAGAAGACUCAAACAACAUGUUUUAAAACAACUACCAGCCAAAAUAGAACAUGUUGAAGUCUGCCCCAUGGCAUUUGAGCAGAGGGAGCUGUAUGAUGACCUAAUACAGCAGUUCAGGAACUCAUUAAAAGAGGAUGAUCAAAGGAAAAAUCUUGAGAAACAAGGUAAAUCCAUGUUCAUGCAACUACGUAAAGUGGCCAACCAUCAUUUACUUAAUAGGAACACAUAUUCCAAUGACAAACUGAAGCAGAUGGCUAAACUCAUGCUUCAGGAACCCACUCAUGCCAAAGCCAGCAAGGACUUGAUAUAUGAGGACAUGGAAGUCAUGUCUGAUUUUGAGCUACACAAACUUUGUGAGCACUAUUCAUCCCUCCACCCAUACAUGCUAGAUGAUACCAUAAUAACAGAUUCUGGAAAAUUCCGUUACCUUGACGAAGUCCUUCCAGAUAUAAAAGCAAAGGGUGAUCGGGUACUUCUAUUCAGUCAGUUUACUAUGAUGUUGGACAUUAUGGAGGUGUAUCUUCAAACUAGAGGUCACAAAUACUUCAGACUGGAUGGGGGAACACCUGUUCCAGAAAGGCAAACAAUGAUAGACAAAUUCAACAUUGAUCCAAAAGUGUUCAUUUUCCUUCUUUCUACAAAAGCUGGUGGGUUAGGUAUUAACCUGGUAGCCGCCAAUGUGGUGAUCAUCCAUGAUAUUGACUUUAACCCUUACAAUGACAAACAGGCAGAGGACAGGUGCCACAGGCUUGGACAACUCAAGGAUGUCCGUGUCAUACGUCUCAUUAGUGAGGGCACUAUAGAGCCAGGGAUGCUGAAAUGUGCACAAGAAAAGUUACAACUAGAACAAGAUCUUACAUCUAAUAAAAUUUCAUCUGAAGGGGCCCAGUCUGAUGUGGCAGUGCUACUGAAAGAAGCAAUAGGGGACAUCAAGAAAUAAACAAACAUUUAUUUAUGCUCUCAGCUACCAUCCAGUUACACCUGAGAGGAAACUUCAGAACUCAUGCUUCCUGUGAAAAAAAAUGCUAUCAUGUUAAUUAGGCAGGACUUGAGAAUAUCAAAAAAUUGAGCAUUCAAAUAAUUUUUGCUGUCCUUGUUGGUAUCUGUGUUGGUAUUCUCAUAACGGACUUGCCAAAUACUCUGUCAGUGCUUUAAGUUUUGUGACAAUGGUUGCGGUUAAGUGUAACCCAGGCCUAAGUGGAACUUGAAUCAUGUAUGUUCAAAAUUUGUUCAUAUUACAUUAUUUCCAUUUCUUAAUUUGGAAGGAUUUGGGUGUCAUCUAGUAUAUAUGCUGGAUUAUACUCAAUAACCUUCCAGGGAUGUCAGUAUUUCUGACUAACUGGUCAAUAUUGUAUUGUGGACUAGUACUGCAUCUUUACAUACUGAAAAAAUCAGCUUGAUCAGUUUAAAACCAAUGCACCAUUAACCUCCAAACACAGGGAAGGUCGGAAAUUAAACACACAGUAUAGUCCCUAGGGUUUGAUUUUGAUAUAAACAGGCUGAUCCAGGCAUUUGGAAUUUGACAGCCCCAAUUUUUGUCAAAAUCCUCGCCCCCUUUUGUUGAGGGGCUCUCAUACACCUUUCGAAUGGUUCAUUAUAGUUUCUGGGACAUGAUUCUACAUUGCACCUAGCUGCUAACAGAUAUUUAUUUAGUUACUGUAGGCUUACAAAAUGUCUAUAUAUUAUGACAUUGUUCAAUAGGAGCAAAUAACAAAUGAAAUUAUAGAAAACAAAAGGCAAGCAUAAAUAAGAUAGUUAGUCAUUACCAUAACAGUAUAUCAUACAGUCACUUGUGCUUAAAUGUAUAUGUACUCUGUUAUUUUGUAAGAAAACAAUAUAUGUCAGAGAA